AUGGCCUGGGAGAAUUGUAUAAAUCCUGAGAUUCUGCAACUCUUUCUAGAAAUAAAGCUGAUGAUUAGCUCUAUCCCCAUGCCCCAAGCUGAAUAUUAUUGUAAUAAAAAAAAUUUAAUGGGAAUAUUUUGAUUUCUGGAUAAAAUUUUGUUAUAUUCUAUUGAUAGUGAGUCUUUUUCAAUAUAUCCGCUUACUUUGCAGAGUGCAAAAGAAAGAUUUAUUUAUAAAAGUGAGAUGAAAGAUGGAUAUUUGGAAAGAAUAGCAGACUCAAUAGUCCUUAAUUACUCCUCCUUGCCAAUUAUAUUAUUAUAUAUAAUGAAAUGGAUUAUUAGAUUUGGCAGUUCAACUGAAAUGAUAUAAUUAUUAAUUUCUUUUCUUUAUUUUAGAAUUGGGAAGUUGAAAGUCCUCUAUGGAGCCAUAAUCUUUUAAUAUAUCAAUAAUACUAUUUAAAUUAAUGAAUUAUAAAUAUAAUUACAACAUUUAAUAUUAAAAUCUUAAAGUAUAUGUUUUAUUAAUUUUUUCAAAUAAUCUAUUUCACUAAAAUUAAAUCUCCGACAAUUAAUAGGAAAAUUAUUUGAGAAAAAUAAUGUUUUUUAAUGAUUUACCAAGCUUAGGAUGAAUAAAGUUAA